GCAAGUGUAUUUUGGAAACAAUGCCGUGUGGUGCUAGCGGCGGCGCCUGAGGUUGCAGCCCGGGGACUUUCCGGCUCCCGCUCUUUCCGCUGGCCGCGCUUUUUCCUCUUCCCCCCUCCCCCGUUCGCCCGGCGCGGAUGCAGAGGAGGGUUCUGCUUUUGCGGGGCUGCUGAUCCCCCGUCUUGCAUGUACCGGGGCCUGGCUUCAGUCUCUGGGCUACGGCAGACGUCGCGGACGGCUUGCACCAGCCACGGUUCAGAGUCGCAGCGGGGACUGCGGGUGAAAUGGAUCCACCAGGCUACCUGGAGGAUGACUUCUCUAGCCUCGAUGGGCUUGAUGAUGAUGUGUUCCACUCUGAUGACUGUGGACUUGCCAGCCAGUCCAGUGAAAUUACCUUUCCUGGCAUUUUCACACAGAGCCAGUCUUAUAGCUGUCUGCUGGGUAGGUUCCAGCUCUUCCCACUCACACACUGUUGCGGUCCUGGAACCAGGCAUGCCAAGCAGCAAGACAAGGCUACGCAAACGCUCAGUCCAUCUUCUUCCAGCCAGGAUGUCAUGUUACCUUGUGGAGUGACUGAACAGCCACAAAGACUUUUUUAUGGGAAUGCUGGGUACCGUUUACAUGUCAACCCAACUGGUUUCUCAUUGAAUCCACACCUCCAGGAGGAACCUCAGGAAAACCCAGAAGAACUGCGUACUGAAGUUCAGAUUGCUCGAAAGUUACAGUGUAUUGCAGACCAAUUCCACAGGCUUCACCUACAGAGGCACCAGCAGAACAGGAAUCACGUCUGGUGGCAGAUUCUUCUUUUCCUUCAUAACAUGGCCUUGAACAUGGAAGCAAAUAGACACCAUGCAGGCCGGAGGUGAGACUUGGCCAGUCUCUUCCAGGUCACAUCCAGUCUGCUGGGAGCACUGAAUAACUUCAGGGCAGAGAUGUGCAUACUGCUGGAUGGAUGUGAGGUUCCUAUGAAAUGGAGGACACUUUUGUCAAACAAACAACUUCUUUGAGAAGAACUUGCAUUCUCUCUUCCUAACUUCCUGUCUUCUUCAGAGGGGAGCUUCGGUCCAACACUGUUGAUGAAAAAUCUUCCAAGAAAUGUGCAGUUUUUAAAACCAAGAUACAAAUGAGUGGGCUGGUAUAUUAGGAAGCUUCCCUUUUAGCUGACAAGAGUGUGCAGCAUUUUAUAACCAUAGCUGUGGGUUACGGCGCUAAUGAAUCACAAUGAACCCAGAGAUGAUGUGGGUAGUUUCCAAAUGAGACAUGUUUGACUCGCCCAGGGAAAAACUUUGAAGAAAACAGCAUUAGUUCAAUAGCAUACAUUUGCAACUGGACAGAAAGUAUUCAAUCCUUACAUUUUGGGAUAGUGGUGUAAAAAUGGGUUGGAGGUGCUUGAGCCGAGAUGUAAAAUUUUUAGAAAUACAUUGAAGCCAUGGGUGAAAAAAAGGGAGUUGGGUUUUCUCUUGACACCAAGAAAUGUUAGGGGAAGUGGUCAAUUAUAUGCAAUACUUAUUAAAUUCAAACUUUACUACUUUUAGUACAUAAAAUGUAUUUUAUAUAACUUUAGCAGGUAAAAUGGUACUUGGGUUUGGUACAUUUAUGACAUAAAAAAUAUAAAUGCCGUGAUCUUCUUCAAACAACAGUUACAAAUAUGCCCACCAUUAUAGAUGGAGUAACAUGACUGCUGCAUCCUAAGGUACCUUAGUGUAUUGUGUCUUCAUUCUUGAUAGCUAGGAAAAUACGUGUAGACAAAAUAUGCUCAACAUCAUCAACAAGGCAGUAAACAAAAAGAAGUUCUUGUCGCAGAUUAAAAAGGGUGGCCUGCAUCCAAAGAAUGGUGUGAUUUGUUCUGCUCACCCAAGGAAACCUUGAGCUUGCGGUUCUGGAACAGCAGUCCCCCUUACCUCAUAGCUAACCACUUUUGAACCUGAAGAGAGUUUCAAAAGCAGUAGGUGAUGUGACAUUUUGAUCUGCUGUUUAAAGAAAAAGUGAGUUUUAAAAAAAAAAAGUAUUGGGCAUACAUAAGUCCCUCCUGUGCAGUAUUUUUGGAUGCUGGCCUGUAAGUAGACCUCAGACUGAUUCCCCACUAGGCUUGUUUCGGCGUCAGAGCUCUUUUUCUCCUGAUGCUUCCAUCCAAUUUCGCACAAGCUGCGUGGGGCUGCGACUCGCUCCACCUCUUUCCUGCGGCAAGCAGAAACCAGUUUCAGAGGAUCUUGCUUGUUGUGGGAAAGAGGCAAAGCAAGUUGAAGCCGUGUGGCAGCUUGUGCAAAAUUGGAUGGAAGUGUUGGGGGGGUGGGGAAGAGCGCCAACGCUGAAACAAGCCCAGAGGGGAAUCAGUCUCAGAGUUAUUAUGCAGAAUCAGAAAAAACUCACAUUUUAAAAGGGAAAAGUCUAAUAAAAUAAAAACACCUUAAUUUUAGUAAAGGAAUAGAAAUACAUUUAGAUAUUUAGUUACUUAUUAUAGUAACAAUAUAUCUUUGCCUUACACCAGUUGCAUUCUAUUCAUGUUGAUUGUGGGAGUAAACUUCAUUGCCCAGGAGACUUGCUUAUGAUAAAUAAGCCUAGGAUUGGGCUGACCUGUCGUAAUGACUGUAUACAAAACUCGCUAUCCUGGAUCCAUAUUUUAUUUAUUUUUAUUUAUUUGAUUUAUAUUUCAUUCAAUCUCAUUAAAUACAUCCAUGAAAACACCA